AUGGCAACAACCAUUUAUCCCGGAGAGUCGCCUUCUGAAAGUAGUUCGGCGGCCGAAGAGCGCAUGACCGCUUCCCCGGACAAGGCCGUCAUCAGUCCCAUCGUGACCCUCGUCACCACUCCCUCGGACACAGCUGCGCCGGGUACACCUGAGCUGGACAUGCCUGCGCCAGAUUCACCUCUGUUCAAGCAAUUGUCAGUCUUAUCGCCGGAAGAGCGCAAAAGAGUGUUGGAGACUGCACACAGCAGGAGGGUUUCCAUCGCGGAAGCCAUCAAAGCCGUCGAAGCCGAAAAGCGCGAAGAGCGCCUAAAAGGACCAGGGCCAAUCCUUUGCUUGAGCAUGGUGCGCAGCGGGACAGCCUCCCUCGCGAAAGCCCUCCCAGAAUUAGGCGUGCUUAAGGUGCACCACGGCCUCCUCAACAUCGAGGAUGACAAGCAGUGGAAAAUCCUGGAUCGCGCGGCUGACGCGACGUUCCCCAACCUCAAGUCUUACACGGGGGAGCCCUUCACGCGUGAGCAGUGGGACGAGCUCUUGGGAGACUAUGACGCGGUGACGGACAUGGCCUCGUUUUACGCCGUCUCCCUCAUCAAGGCCUAUCCCAAUGCCAAGGUGAUCAUCUACGAGCGUGAGAUUGAAAGCUGGCAUCGCAGCGUCAAGUGCAUCUUUGGGCAGUGGACCGAGCCUGUCAGGCGGAACCUCAUCAAGUACAUUGUGCCGCUCUCUGGCUCCAAGUGCGGCUCUGCCAACUUCAAGAUGGCCAAGGGCUGGACCAAUUCGACCGAUUCCCGGGACAUCCACUUCAAUUCUCGUGCGGCGUACGUUGAACACUACAAGUGGAUUCGAGAAAAUGUGCCCAGCCAUCAGCUGCUCGACUUUAAUCUCGAGGACGGCUGGGGGCCGCUCGCCGAAUUCCUAGGCGUGCCUGCGCCCGAGAUCGAAUUCCCGGUAAUCAACAAGAAGGACGACUUCGAAAAGCAAAAGCGAGCCUGUGAAGUUGCCAUUUUGAAGAGAAUUGCACGCAGACCACUUCCCAAUUGUCUUCACUUCCUCAUCCCAAACGACGACGUCAUCAACUCCCUUAUCGACUUCCUCAUGCAAAAGGACAAGGGAAAGGACAAGGGCAAGGGCAAGGGCAAGGAGGUUGACGAGGGCGAGAAGGUUGACAAUGCGGACAAUGCUGACAAGGAAAAUUAG